CAGUCCUGAUUUCCUAACGCAUAAGGAAUGGAACGGGUUUGAAGCUUCUAGGAAAACUUUUGCUUCCCGCUUUAUGUAAGAGUGUUACACAUUAUGUUAUGGGAGAGAAAGAAAUAGAGAGAUACGUGAAGGCACUCUGAAGGCAUGCGCUGUGUUGCUUACACAAUGCUGAGGAACUGAACGUCUCGUCGGUGACAUUGCGGCGUUAACGGGAUCGCUUCAUUCGCGCGCCCUGGACGCGCCAUGGAUACCGGCGUCGUGGUCUGCACCGCGUUCGACUACAAGCAGGACGGGCUCCAAGAUGCGGGGAGUAGCAGCGACGCUGUGAAUGCCCUAGCUGUGGACAGUGCCAAGCCGCAAGAUGGCGGCCAGCCGGUAAAUGGGCGGCACAUGACGGAACAAAGCGGAAGCAGAAACUACGAAAACAUCAUCCUCGAAUGGAGGAACCUCAGCUUCCAAGUCAAGUGCGGCAAAGCAAAGAACGCCAUCGUCAGCAAUCUGAGCGGAGCGGCUCGACCAGGCACUCUGAUGGCCAUCAUGGGUCCCUCCGGUGCAGGAAAGACGACGCUACUCAACCUUCUCUCCGGAUUCUAUGAAAAUGGCUACGAAGGUGAGGUCCAGAUCAACGGCUACGUGCGGGACCAAGUGCUGUUCAGCAAACAGAGCUGCUACGUCAUGCAGCAGGAUCGCCUGCUGCCUUCUCUCACGAUCCAAGAGACCCUCACCAUGAGCGUCGGGUUGCGCAUGACUACAGCAUCGGUUCUUGUCAAAUCACAAAUGGUGGACCAGCUGGUCGACGAGUGGGGCCUGAGUGAGUGUCGGCACACCAGGGCGGAGGCUCUCUCUGGCGGCGAGAGGAAGCGGCUGGCCAUCGCCCAGGAGCUCGUCAACAACCCUCCCGUCCUGUUCCUCGACGAACCCACGACCGGAUUGGACAACUGCUCCAGCCUGAUGUGCAUCCAAAUCCUCAAGAGGUUGGCCGAAAGGGGACACACAGUCAUAUGUUCUUUGCACACGCCGAGUGCCAAAAUAUUCUCCUAUUUCGACGUGUUGUACAUGAUGUCACAGGGUCGCUGCAUCUACAACGGCGAGACGAAUAACCUCCUGAGCUUCCUCUCUGAACACGGCCUUUCCUGUCCCGAGUUCCACAACCCUGCCGAUUUCAUCACCGAGGUUGCUGCUGGGGAGUACGGUGAACAGGUCGAGAAGCUGGCCGACGAAUUCGCCCUUCCAUUACCCGUCACAUCGGGUGUCCUAGAUGUUGGGUUUAAAACGGCGUACGGCGGACAACAAAUGACCAAACAGGAAAGACUGGAAGCAGUAAAAUGCUAUUCCUUUGAAGUGAACCAGUUUCGGCAGUUCCGAAUACUGCUGAAGCGCUGCUGGCUUUCGGCAAUGAGGAACAGGGUGACGUUCUUGGUCCGCUUCAUCGCGUACAUCGCCUUCGCUCUCAUGACUGUCGUCACAUUCUACGGCGUCGGGAGGAAGGCUUCCACGGUGGUCAACAAUACGGUGCUGUUCUUCACGAUAAUCCUCGUGUCGGCAAUGCAGACAAUGCUGCCGGCGGUGAUCAUCUUUCCCAUCGAGCUGGGCGUGCUCCUGCGGGAAAAGCGCAACGACUGGUACACCGUUAACCUCUACUACCUGGCUAGCUACGUCAACGAGAUCCCAUUUCUCAUAACGCCGUUUACGAUCUUCCUGGCGAUCAUCUACUACCCGACCGGACAGCCCCUCGAGUGGUGGAGGGCCGCGGCGAUGCUUCUCUUCGGCAUCCAACUCGGAGCCGUCAUGCAGUCCGUGGGCCUCAUGGUUGGUGCCUUCGCUCAAGCACAGACGGCGGUAUUUGCCGCCACUGCCGUAUCGUCGCCGUUCGUCUUUUUUAGCAGCUUCUUCGUUCCCGACUAUCUGCUGAGCUCUUGGUUCCGCUGGAUAACAAAGCUGUCCCCGGUCCACUACGCCUACCACGGGAUGCUUCUGUCGGUGUACGGCUACGGCCGCGCCCAGCUGGACUGCGACAAAGACCUGUGCGUUUUUGAGAACCCCGAAAACUUUCUCGAUAUCACCGGAACCUCUGGUAUGACGCUGACCGGCAUAUUUCUGCCGCUCCUGGCACUCGAAGUGGUGUUUAGGUUACUCGCGUACAUACUUCUCAGGUUGAGAAUUUCCAGAAAAUAACAGAGUUCAAGUUC